AUGGACAUCGAGGACAUGAUCGGCGAGGAGGAGGUGGACCGCGCGGCCGUGAGCUCCGUGCGCACGCCCAUGGUGGCGCCCAAGCCGCGCUUCCAGCCGCCGUCGGCGGCCACGAGCAGCACGGCCAGCAGCAGCUCCGCGAGCGGCGACGGGGACGCCAAGGAGCCGAGCGUUCCGGGCUCGCAGCUCAUCUGGAUGAAGACGUACGGCUGCUCGCACAACGUGAGCGACUCGGAAUAUAUGCAGGGCGUGCUGGCCAGCUACGGCUACCGCUUCACGCAGGACCCGGACGCGGCGCAGCUCUGGCUGCUCAACAGCUGCACGGUCAAGGACCCGUCCCAGGCCGCCUUCAUGCACCUGGUCGUCAAGGGCCGUAAGCAGAGCAAGGCCGUGGUCGUGGCCGGUUGCGUGCCGCAAGCUGACCGACACCUCAAGGGCCUCGAGGAGGUCAGCAUCGUCGGCAUCCAGCAGGUGGACCGAGUCGUGGAGGUCGUGGAGGAGACGCUCAAGGGCCACACGGUGAGGCUGCUGUCCAAGAACCGCCUGCCGGAGCUGGACCUGCCCAAGAUCCGCAAGAACCCCAUGGUGGAGAUCAUCCCGCUGAGUACGGGCUGUCUGGGCGCCUGCACGUACUGCAAGACACGUCACGCGCGCGGCAAACUGGGAAGUUACACGCCCGAGGCGAUUGUUUCAAGAGCUCAGACGGUGAUUAGCGAAGGUGUGACGGAGAUCUGGCUGUCGAGUGAAGACACUGGAGCGUACGGCAUUGAUAUCGGUACGGAUCUCCCCACUCUGCUCCGCAAGCUGCUCGAAGUUGUGCCAGAUGGUGUCAUGCUCCGUGUGGGCAUGACCAACCCCCCGUACAUUUUGGAUCAUUUGGAUGCAAUCGCUGAAGUGUUGAAGCAUGAACGCGUGUACUCGUUCCUGCACGUGCCGGUACAGUCGGGUAGUGACGAUGUGCUGCUGGCCAUGAACCGUGAAUACACGGCGGCUGAGUUCCGCCGCGUGGCUGAUGAACUGCUCGCUAAAGUGCCAGACCUCACACUGGCGACUGACAUUAUCUGCGGCUUCCCAUCGGAGACGGAGGAACACUUUGACGAAACGAUGGACCUUGUGGAGAAAUACCGCUUCCACAUUAUGAACAUCUCGCAGUUUUACCCUCGUCCGGGAACUCCUGCGGCCAAGAUGAAGCGUGUGCCGACCCAAGUGGUGAAGAACCGCAGUCGCAAGCUCACCAAGCUUUUCGAGACGUUCGAGCCGUACACACACCUCGUGGGUACUACGCAGAAGGUGUGGGUGAACACGGAGGUAUCUGACGAUAAGAAGUACACGGUGGCACACACGAAGAAUUAUACGAAGGUGCUUCUUCCGCGCGACGAUUCCCUCAUCGGGUGCUCGGCAGAGGUGCGCGUCCUCACAGCGGCCCGAUUCCAUAUCACGGGCGAGGUGAUUUCGCGUUCCCAACCCGCUACGGUAGCGGCGGCGGCUAUCCGCGAGCAGAUCCGCACGGAGGGAGAUCUGUCAGCGGCUGAUCGAUCGAAGGCCUUGUCGAAGGCACAGAAGGCUGCCGCGUCAAGUUGCAAUGGCGACGGUAGCUGUGGAGGCCACGACCACGACCACGCGCAUGAUCACGAUCACGAAGGGGAUGAUCACCAUGGCGAAGGAGGCUGCUGCGGUGGCAGCGGUACGUGUUGCUCGUCCGGUGGCGACGGAAAGGGCUGUGGCGGCAAGUGCGGCUCCAAGUCCAAGAAGAAGAAAACGGUGGCCAAGGAGCCUCUGCGGAAGAAGGCACACGGUAAAACUAACGGGAACGGCUUGGCAUCAUCCAUCACGACGACCCUGGCUGCGAAGUGGGACGAAAUGCGUGAUGACAAGGUCGCACUAGCGGCCCUCACCACACUGGUAGUGUCGGCAUCUAUUGUUGCAGCUCGUUUGCUCACGCGCAAGUGA